AUGCGUCCAAUAAGUCUGUCUACUGCAACUAUCAAGUUUGAAGAUCCAGCCAUUGAGGCUGAUCCAGCUUUAUACAGAGAACGUAAAGUGUUUGGUUUAUCUGUCCCUCUGAUUGUUGUAUGCAUCUGUUUAGCAGUUAUUUUCCUUGGGGCAGCAGCCAUCACAACUUUGCUCCUUAUUUUCUGUAAACGACCAGAACCUACUUCCGAUCCAUUUAUUAUACCGUCUAAUUAA